UAGCAGACGACUGAUAUUAAAAAUACAAUAUUUAAGCAGACUAUUGUAGUCUAUAUAAAUAUGAUACAAGAUUCAUUAACUGACCCAGUUACGAUACUGUUGGCCUACGUUCUAGUACUCUGGUAUACUGCUCUCAUAUUAUGGUAUAUACUACUGCAAAAACAAAGAGCAGGAUAUAAGAACGGUAAUAAAGCUCAAAGUACUGAGAAUGAGUCGGACUUGGAACCACCGGCCCUCAUAGUCAUCGCACAUCCGGAUGACGAGUGUAUGUUCUUCGCCCCCACUAUUAUAUCACUGCGGAAACAAGGACGGCCAGUCCAUAUACUCUGCCUGUCUACAGGGAACUAUAAUGGACUAGGUGCAAUACGUUCAAGAGAGUUGGAAGCCAGUUGUAAAAUAUUGGGUGUUAGGCAGACUGACUGUGAAGCUCUGGAUGACAAGCGCUUCCCGGACGGACCCAAAAAAUGGAACGCUCAAGAGGUGGCCAGCGUGGUAGCACACUAUAUCAAGGAGAAUGGUAUUCGAAUUGUCAUUACAUUCGAUUCUGGGGGUGUCUCUGAGCAUCCAAAUCAUGUAUCCUGCUAUGAUGGCGUAAGGCACCUCGCUGACACGGGAAAAUUGGAUACUAAUAUCAAAGCAUACUCGCUUCAAUCCAUCUCACUAUGGCGCAAGUACUCUGGAUGCUUGGACGUGAUCGUUUCUUCUACAUCAGGUCACUCUUUCCUAGCGGUUGGGUCUCCCUCUGAUGUUUGGACCGCUCAGACAGCGAUGAACGAGCAUACAAGCCAACUUGUAUGGUUCAGAAAACUGUAUAUCGUAUUCAGUCGGUACAUGUACUUCAAUACACUAGACCGAAUAAAUGCUUGAAUAAUGUCU